AUGGCAACAGCGUCGCGUACGAGUGUAGCACUUCCCGAGAUCUUUUCAGACGGCGAUAUGGUUCUGUGGCUACGAAAAUUUGAGCUUUGUGCGAAGGCGAACGAUUGGAAAGAUACAGAUAUGUUAAAAAGGCUGCCAACUCUGUUGUCUGGCAAAGCUUUUGCGAUCUUCGAGCGUCUUGCGGCGGAGACGAAAGAAGAUUUUAAAGUACUAACGAAAGCGCUAACGGAGGCUUUUGGUGGUGAUGAGAACGGCAAACAUCUCGCGAUGAUGGCAUUUCGCAGCCGAAUGAGAAAGCCAGACGAAGACAUCCAAGUAUUCGCCUACAAUUUAGAAGCGCUAUUAAGACGCGCGAUGCCAAACAUCGAGAAGGGCGACAGAGAAACACUUCUCAAGCAACAAUUUGUCGAAGGAGUGUCUAUAGAACUAAAGAGACAAUUAUUACAACGACCGACCCUCUCGUACGAGGAGACAGUUACGGCGGGGCAACAGCUGGAUUUAGCGGGCCAGAUUUCAUCGAGUCAAUCGGUUAACGAAGUGAAUACGAGCGGUGGCACGCAUCAAACCGUAGUAGAGUCGCCCUUGGUUAUGCAAUUGAUGGAAAGUGUAGAUAUUCUUACGAGGAAGGUUAGUGAAUUAUCUCAAUCUGUUGCUAACGUAAACGCAGCGUCCGUGCGAAAUUCCCCCGCGGGGCGCCGGGGCCCUUGUUAUCAAUGUGGGCGAAUGGGUCACAUCGCCAGCGAAUGUAGGAGUACGUCCGGGAACGGGCGACGAAUGAAUCAGUAUCGACAGCGCCAAACUGAAAAUUACUGCUUUGUUUGUGGACAGAUGGGGCAUUUCGCGCGGGAAUGCCAGUUUCGAUUCCAGUCCUCCAUUAAUAGCCAACCACGUCAGGGAAACGACCAGGGGCCGACCCGUUUCUAG